CUGCGCAUGCAUGGUGGCAUGUGCGCAUGUUGUUGCUGCCGUUGGAUCUCCGUCCAUGGACGGCUGGCGGUUGUCGCUGUAGGCGCUGGAGAUUCUCCCUACCAGCCCUAGCUUGCCACGUAGUAGUACCACCCUGCAAGCACCAUUCUGCUGGCAUCGUACGACCCUGUACUCGUUCUGACACCUGCGUGUUGGGCCGUCUUCAUCGAUUCGCAUUGGGCUGUGUGUGGGCUGUGCGGCCCGUGCUAGUCCAUUUUCUACACGGUGUGUGGAGAAGAAAGAAUUGCCAACUCUCCACCUUUAGUUGUAGUAGUACUGCAGCUGUAGGGAGUCGCAGUGUAUGCUGCGUCUAUAUAAUCAUCGUCCCCUUCCCCCUGCGUACCGAUAUCGUUCACCACACUUCCUCUUGGCCCCCCCUUUCUAAUUUAGUUCUUGUAGUUUCUUUGCUAGAUCCUUCCUAGCCCCCGUAUGGCUCCUUCUUCAGUGCGCGCGCGUGCCGACGCUGACGACGACAAUGCUGUGCUCACAAGGUCAGCUCGUGCGAAAAAGGGCAAGACGGAAUCGCAGGCCACUUCCUCCAUCAGCGUGCCUCUGUUCAAGAACCUUCAUCCUCCAAAGGAGGACGACAUCAUCGUCGAUUCUGCCAUCGCGCUGCGUUCCUUCUUCCGCGUAGUGGACUCCAUCCCAGCGGAUAACCUGCUGCGUCUGCACUUCGGCACCGCUCCCAAGAUUUGUGGCAAGCUGUUCAUGGCCACAGCCGCGCUGAUGACUCUUCUUGGUCACAACCGCUACGACAUAUCUGAGAGCCCCGCCGGGGUGAUGUAUGUCUCAACCCGCAGCGUGGACGACGCCGUCAUGCUUGAGUCUCAGGUGUAUUCGGCAUUCGGCGCUGUGCUCUCGUGUCUGAAAGGAGCAAACACUCCUCGUUAGCUCUCGUGGUCUGCCUCUACUCCUCGUCAUGCCUGGCUCUAUUGAUAUCUCGUUGUCUCUAGCGUCGGGCCAAGUUGCGAGCGGCGGCCCUUGUCCGCAGAAUGGUGUACCAGGUGCUAUUGCUGGCUCUUCAGAUCCGCGACACGAUGAUGCUACUGCUGCUUCAAAUAGUUUUCUGCUUGGGCUGGAGUCCAUGAGGGCUGAGAUUAAGGAGGCCGUGAGAUGCUCUCAAUCUGCAAACGAUGCCUGGCUCGAGACUCGCCGUGAUGUAGCUGAUCUAUCAGUUUUUCUGAAUAACCAGCAUCACCACCGCGAGCCGACCACUCAGGACUACUUGGCUGCUCUCCGUCUUGCUCCAGAUGCUUUUGCUGCCAUCAAAUGGCCAAUAACAAGUGUGAAAGAAUUCAAAGUUGCUGUCUUGGCUGCUCUUGAUGCUCGGGGUGUAGCUGUAGACGAGUUGGUUGCUCUUGGUAUGCUGACUGCUCCAUGUUUAACCGCGCACCCUCGUGCUAAGUCCUCUGGUAAGAGGAAAGCUCCUGAUGAGCCGACUGAAGCUUCCAGCCAUGGCGUACUGCUAACGCGCAAGGCCAACAAGCUUGCUGCAUUGAUUGUCGACGGUGUCACAAACAACCGUCUCCUUGACAGGUGCUGGGUGGAGCUGCAAGGGAACCCCGUUGUGUAUGUCACCGGGAUAGUUCUCAAGCUGAUUCUUACUGGGGAAGCUGAUCUCGACGUAUCUUUCUGCGAUGCUGCAUCACGUAUGAUGAACAGGAUUGAGGCUGUUAAGUUCGCUUGUGGCCACACUGAAGCUCCUCGCUGUUUCAUGCCACCUACAUUCGUGCAUCGUGUUUUGUCCAGGAUUCAGUCUGACGUGGCUCUGGUGGACAUUUUGGCCAAUUCAACCAUAGAGUUCAACGUCCGUGCUUGCAUGGAGUUCGUUGCUGUUGUUCCUGCUGGCAAUGGUUGGGCUUGCUAUGCUUGGGGUUUUAGCAAACGUAACUUCACACUGAUUGAUCCCUUGGCUCACGGCAUGACUGUCCAAGAGGUGAAGAACAAGCACAGGGCUACGUACGAGGCAUUGUUCCACAAGCUUACUGUGCAUGCCAUCCCUGCCAUCAGAGAUGCUCCCUGGACUGAGGUUAUUCACACUGAUGUUGGCGGCAGCUGCCCCAGGAACUCGACAGGGAUAUACUCGGUCUUGGCGGCUAAGAUUGUUGAUUGCAAUACUGGUGAAAUCGCCCUCGACCAUUUUGACAUGGCGCAGUGCACCAGGAACAUAGUCUACAGUGUGGUUGACCUGGAUGACAAUAAGACGAAAAUUCCGGAUAUCUCCAGCCUCUACGGCGCCACCAAACUGCCCGUGCCUCUUAGUCUGGUCCGUAAGUGAUGGAAUUAUGCAACCUGCCAUCAGCUUUUGAAACGGUGGCCCUUAAUGUUUGAUACAUUGAUGCCCAUCGUUUCACAUUUUGGGAAAAAACCUGCUCGGUCGACUGAUGUAAUGCUUUAAGUUUGGCAAGCUGCUAUGCUGCGUUCUGUUAGAACUUAUGUCGAAUUGUUAAACUAAUGUGUUUGUUUCCGUAUUAUGAUGUGUUAUUUGCA